UCGAAGACGAAAGGGGAAACGAAUCUGUGGGUUGCGUAGUUAGCUCGAACGCAUAAUGUGUAUAUCUAGCAGAGUGGCUCCCCGUUUCUUCCAUCGUCGUCGUCUCUGCAUAGCAGAAUGGAGCAGUCCUUCAUCAUGAUCAAGCCCGACGGCGUGCAACGCGGCCUGGUUGGAGAGAUCAUUAGCCGUUUCGAAAAGAAGGGUUUCUACUUGAAAGGGGUGAAGUUGUUGAGCGUGGAGCGCUCCUUUGCGGAGAAGCACUACGCCGACCUCUCUGCGAGACCGUUCUUCCCUGCGUUGGUGGACUACAUCAUAUCCGGCCCAGUGGUUGCCAUGGUGUGGGAAGGGAAGAAUGUGGUGCUCACCGGACGCAAGAUCAUCGGAGCCACGAACCCCUCGGACUCCGCCCCCGGCACCAUACGUGGUGAUUUCGCGAUCGAGAUGGGCAGGAAUGUCAUUCAUGGGAGUGACUCCAUUGAGAGUGCCAGGAAGGAGAUUGCUUUGUGGUUUCCUGAAGGCAUAGCUGAGUGGAAGAGCAACCUCCACCCCUGGAUCUAUGAGCAGAAAUAAGAGAAGCACUUCUCUAGAUUAUCCACUACAAUCUCGCCAUAACUUAAGUUUUGAGUUCUCUUAAUUUCCAAUGUGAGUGGGUUAUCGCUCCGUUAGCUCUUGUUUGGUUGCUUGUGCUAUACAAAAGAGGCAUUGAGAAUGCCUUUGCUAUGGCAAAUGAAUAAAUUAUUGCAUUUGGCUUGCAUGUUCAAGCUCUUCGUGUUUGUAGAAUUUCCUCCACUACUAUGCACUGGUACACUGAGAAUUUGAGUUUUCUCUGCAACGAUUAAGUCAACUUGUGCUGUGUACGAAUCUGCUUCUAAAUAAUAUAAUUACGACUAUAUAUA